CGUAGAUUAAUUUUUACAAAGGAGAAAGUCCAAACAUUUUCUAACGAUGCUUCUACUAAAAAGUCAUGACUUUCCUCAUCAACACAUAUAUCAGUGCUGAACUUUACCUCUGAGAUGAGUGCAACAGAGGAACAGAGUGAGAGACCAGGAUCACCUGUAUCCAGCUCUCUGUUUAUGAAGAGUGACUGCCCCAAAGGUGAUGGACCAAACGUUAGUGAAGAAACACCGACAGCUACUAAAAGUUCUGUGUCUAUGAACAGUGAUAACUCCAAGGAUGAUGGACCAAACUUCAGUGAAGAAACACAAACAGCUACUAAAAGUUAUGUGUCUAUGACCAGUGAUAACUCCAAAGAUGAUGUACCAAAUGUCAGUGAAGAAACACCGACAGCUACUAAAAGUAACAAAUCAGGAUCACCUGUAACUAGCAUUGUGUCUAUGAAGAGUGACUGCUCCAUCGGUGUUUCACCAAACUUCAGUGAAGAAACACCAACAGCUACUAAAAGGUAUAUCACACAUUUCUUAUUGAUGGUCACAUUGUGUUAA